AUGCGGCUGGACAAGCAAAAGGUUGUGCAUGCGCGCCUUAUGGGAUUCUGCGAGAGAAUGCUGCCGAAGCUCCGAAGAGGCGAGCAAGCGACCGAAGAGGAACUCCGCGAGGCGGCCUCGCUACAGAUGUUGUGGGAUCAAACGUGCGGAGUGGCGGCUGUGGCUGCACAAACCCCCCAGCCCGCUACGGGUUCCGCGCCGUCCAACGCUUCUUCGGGUUCGCCGUCUUCCUUUUACACGACGCCCCCUCCGCCGCCCUCGUUUUCUUCCGCUUCAUCCCCGACUUCUCUCUCGCCUCCCCAUUGGUUUUCCCCUUCAUCAGUCUCCUGCUCUCCACCUUCGCACGUCGUGCUCCCUCACGGGACCGUCGCGCCUUCUGUCCUCUCUCGCGGAGUCUCUGGCUUCUUAGCGAGCUCGUCCUCGACGCUGCCACAACCGGCGGCGGGCGCCGCCGGCAGACAUCGCUCCGACGCGCACGGAGAGGAGACGGUUCUCUUCGCGUCGUGUCGCACAGCCAGUUACCGCACAGCUGCUGGUAGUUUCUCCCCGUCGUCAUUCGCCUCCUUGCCUCAGGAAGAGGCGCUGUUUGAGAGUAUCUCCGAACGGAGCUCUGGACCACGUGCCCAGCGAGCAGGCGUGGGCGAGGCACCCACACACACUUCGCUGUUCCUCCCGUUUUUCUCAUCAUUUUCGCUCUCGCCGUCCUCCUGGAGAACGCGCGGCGGCCCCCGCCCCACCUGCAGCACCACCUUGGCGACGGAGGAGGGUUUAGGGUCUGUCGCGCCCAGCGAAGCUGGCGGCCUGGCGCGCAGCUUCACAAGCCUCUCGAGCUUCGGAGGGAGUGAGGGCGGCAACAUCUGCGCUGCGCUUUCUGCGGGGACUGUCGGGAGCCGCCCAAGGGCCCGUCGCGACCCGGAGGCGGCCGCGGCGACCGGACGGCCGUGGUGGUCGGUCGUCAGGCGCGCCUUAGGGACGGCGAGGCCUGCGAGGGUGCCAAGCAGGCCGCGGCUCACGCGCGAGGCUGUGUGGCUCUCGAGGCGCUACGAUCAGGACGAAGGCGAAGAGGCCGACGCCUCGUUUGUGCCCUUCUCCUCUUCGGAAGAAGAGGCCAACGACCUCGCAGGCGGGGGGCGGAAGGGAGAGCGGAGCCUGAAAAAAAGAGCCAGCGGCGGCGAGUCAGAGCGAAGAUCCGAGACAGACACCGCAGAGACACCGUCUCCCCAGCGAUUGGCGCGAGAGCCUCGGGCUGGAUCAGAAAUCGAGGAUGAGGCGGUGGCUUCGCGGCCGCGCCUUGCAGGGCGAAAUUCACUGCAGGGCAGGCGGACUGAAGCACCGGCACCGGAUGGAAGAAAGGAAGACGCGAAGGAGAUUGGAAGCGAGAAGGAGCGUUCCGGUGCAGGCAAGCGCGGCGGGGCGGAGGCGCCGAGGACGGCGACCGCGAGCAGAGGCGGCCCUCAGCGGAAUGGCGAAGCGCGAGAGGGACGCGAAGGCGAGGAGACGGAGGGACGCGAGACGCGGAGGGAUGCCACGGACGAAGAGACAGCUGUGUUGCAUGAGGGGAGACGGCGCAGAAAUCCGUCACGUGCCGCGCGUCCCCGAGGCUUCAGAAACGUCGUCGAGCUGGAGGACCCUGAGGACUUUGCAGCUGCGUGUGCGGCCCGACUCGCGGAGCGACGACGGGAGGCGCAGGCCACGCGAAAAGCGGCCACGGCAGCAAGCGGCUCGUCAGACCCCUGCGCCGACGCGUCCGCAAUUUCCUCCCGAGAUCCCUGCGCGUUGCCUCCUGCGGCGUGUGCUCAGGGCUCCGCUUCUGUGAGUGGCCUCGUGUCUCUGCUCGCCUCCUUUGGCUCGCCGUCCACGUGCUUAACCCUCUCUGCGCAGGUCCAGGGGGUCGCCUCUUCGCGUGAGGCGUCGCCUGGCGAGGCCGUUGUGCCUGCGCGAGUUGAGUCGCGAUCCAGAGUGAGAAGGCGUGCAAAGGGGCCAGCGGCCGAGAGGCAGCUGCCGGUUGAACGCGCCGAGUAUCAAGGCACGCAGAGGGGCAAUGCUAAAGAGCAGGGAGCGGAGCGGUCACGCGGAUCCGGCGCGACAGCCGCCGAUCCCACAGGGGAGACGAAAGCCAGAGGGGAACGAGCGACGGCAUCCGGACUGAGUCGAGAAGGGGAACUCUCACGGCGAGGGGGCGAGGACGCGGCGAGGCGUGAAGCGAGCGCGGCACAUGCGGUGAAGGAGGACGAGGACGCAGCGGAUAAGAGCCAGGCUGAGACAGGAAGGCGCGGCGUGCAGGGCGAUUCGAGAGCACGCAAUGCGCGCGGCCGACGCUUCCUUCCGUGCACACGCUUCCAGGGUGGUGCCCGCGGGCCGCUGCAGCGACCGCCGUCAGCAGAAGAGUUGUCACAGCUGCCUCCGCUGUGUGCCCCUGCGGCGCCACUCGACGGAGACGGUGAAGGCGAAGAGAGCAGCGGCGACGCCGAACGCGGGGCGGACGACUGCAGCCGCGCUCAAGCGGAAGGCGCGAGGCAACAAGAAGAGAAAACCGAAGCCUCAACCGAGAAACGCCGCGCCAGGCGCACGGACACCGCAGCGCCUCGCGUGCCGCGGCGCUCGCCGCGACUACAAACUAACCCGGCGCGCACGGCCCCGGAGGAGGCGACGCGGGAACAGGACGACCACAAGAUGUUUCCUGCGGCGCCGAAGGCAUGCAACGACAGAUAUCUGAAGGCCGCGCCGCCCUUGGCACACGGACCGACGACGAGCCCAUCACAAGUGUCAACAGAAGCCGAGGAACGGGACGCUGAAGCUCAUAACGAGAAGCCCCUGAACCGCGUCACGCGGCGGAGCUGA